AUGAUAGAUCUUGCUGGUGGAUGGGAUCUCGUCAUAGUUAUUCAGGAGAGUCUUAGCGUCGACCGGUUUAUCAUCGCCUUUCACCUUCUUGUACCAUUCGGCACCUUUCGCCAUGUCGAUAGGCUUCAGGCCGUAGUCCUUCAAGCUCUUCAGACCUUUGACAGUCUGCCACUUUCCAUCGAGGAGAUUCUUGAAAGAUUGAGCCCUGACGAAGAAGUAACAGUCACCACCCUCGCAGACACCAUCAAACUCGUCCAGCUUGGCGCUGGAAUAGUCCUUGGUAAGAUCUCCAUUGAUAUUAUUCGCUUUGACAACGAAGAUCUGAUCCAACUGCCAGCUACCGCAAAUGGCAAACACAUUGAACUGCUUGGUGAUACUGUGCAGGUUUUUGAAGUUCUUUCUCCAAUUCUGUUGAAUGUUGUUUGCGAAACCACCCCCCUUGAGCAAUUUCCUCCAGCCAUACGGUUCAUCAAGAGGCUUCUCCGUCAAUGGAUCGCUGAUAAUGUGGUUGGCCCACUUCCAGACGCCAUCUCUGGCGUUAUCUUUGAUCUUCGUCAGACUAGAUUGCAGCUUGGCGAUGUUGUGCACCUCGUCCUGAACGAUUGA